GCAAAUCAAGAAUCAGAGAUAGAAGAAGUGGUAGUUGAAGAUAAAGAUGAUAGGCUAAGCACUCGCGAGACGAUUAGGCUAAGCUUUGCUUUCUGCUUCUUAUGGUUCUUAGCGAAUUAUACAACCAAUGCUAGCUUGGCAUACACAAGUGUCGCCAGCAGUACAAUUCUUUCAUCAAUGUCAGGCUUAGUCACGUUAGCGAUAGGUGCCAUUUUUAAGGUUGAAAAGUUGACCAUUGUAAAAGUGAUAUCGGUCUGCGUGAGCUUUGCAGGUGUUGUUCUUGUAUCAUAUUCGGAUCAAACGACGGAACAAGACGGUCGUGCAAAAAACUCUGCUGCAUUGAUUGGGGAUAUGUUAGCUCUUAGUGGUGCUGUGUUUUAUGGCUGCUAUACGACGCUAUUGAAACUAAAAAUUGACGAUGAAUCGCGCAUUGAUAUGCCAUUAUUUUUCGGGUAUGUAGGCACGUUCAACAUUUUGCUCAUGUGGCCUAUAUUCCCUCUCUUGCACUUUUUGGGCAUUGAGAAGUUUGACUUCCCCUCUUCUGCCAAAUUAUGGGUGAUGGUGCUUUCUAAUGCAUUUAUUGGCACCUUUCUAUCUGACUAUUUAUGGCUACUCGCUAUGCUGAUGACUUCACCAUUGGUUGUCACCCUCGGAAUAUCUCUCACAAUUCCAAUGGCGUUGAUUGGUGACGUGGUCUUCAAGCAUUUCUUGGUCGGGUUUCAAUACGCAAUUGGCGCAAUUUUGGUUGUGGUGAGCUUUCUUAUUGUUAAUAUAGCAACUCUCAAUGAUGUAAAGCAAGCUACCGCUGCCGAGAAUUAUGUUGCAGAUGUUAAUGAGGAGGAAACUGAUAUCAGAAUUGGCCCUGAAAACAUGGCGAAUACUCUCAGUAAUGCUGGACGUGGUUAUAUGCAUAGAGCCCCAAGUAGGAACUCAAUUUUAAACAUACACCGUUGCUUUGACCUAAUCCUAUAGCUUAUCAAGCAAUAUGCACUUUCAGAUACUCCCACUAUCAAAAAAACCAAUAAAAUGCAGUGGUAGUAAUUACGAAAGAUUACACUAUUGGCCAAGAGAAAUCAUCUGGGAAAGAAAGCAGAGCUACUUGCUGAUUUUCUAUUCG